AUGGGUAUCGAUCUUGUCGCUGGUGGCAAAGUUGUUGGCAAAAAGAAUCGUACGAGUCCCAAGUCAGAAAAUGUCUAUUUGAACCUGUUGAGCAAUACGAACCAAGCGCCGUUGUCGUUAGGUAAAGUUGCUCGCUUUAUGAAGAAGCAUGAAGGCAAGAUUGCUGUUGUAGUGGCGACUGUCACGGACGAUAUUCGUCUACUGAAUGUCCCAAAGCUCACUGUUGUGGCUCUUCAGUUCACUGAGACAGCUCGUGCCCGUAUCGUCAAGGCUGGUGGGGAGUGCCUGAGCUUUGAUCAAUUGGCUCUUCGUGCUCCAAAGGGCACCAACACGGUGCUACUUCGUGGUGCCCGUAAGGCUCGUGGCGUGUACGCCCACUUUGGCCACAAGUCGACGCUUGAGUCAGUGCAUACGCACGAUCACGUUAAGCCAUACGUUCGCAGCAAGGGCCGCAAGUUUGAGCGUGCCCGUGGCCGCAGGAAAUCGCGUGGCUUCAAGGUGUAA